AUGGUAUCCCCCAACGCUCCGGUUCCCCGGGUCCACGAAGGGAAGGUCGCUAUCGUGACAGGAUCUGCAAGAAGUAUCGGUGCCGCCAUUGCUCGGAAUCUUGCCUCGAAAGGUGCAAAUGUCCUCAUCAGCUACCUGACUGAGGGCUCAGAUGCUGUGGCCAAAGCGCUUGCUGAGGAGCUUUCCACCACUCAUAAUGUCAAGGCUGUGCCGUGUCGUGGCGAUAUUACGACCAAGGAGGGAUGCGAGAAGAUCAUCUCUACUUGCAAGUCUGAGUUCCCAGCACAUGCAAAGACUGGCACUCUCCAGGUCGACAUCCUGAUUCACAGCGCCGCACUCUUCCACGCUAUGCCGCUUGAAGCGGUCACUGUAGAGGACUUCCAUAAGGUGUACAGCAUCAACGUACUUGGUCCCAUUCUCCUGACCCAGGCCGUCAAGCCUUACCUGCCGACAGACCGAUCUGGCCGGAUCGUCAGUCUGUCCAGCGUUGGCAGCAAGGUUGGCCUUGCGUAUCUUACACUAUAUGGAGGAACCAAGGGUGCCAUUGAGGCCAUGACUAGAACAUGGGCUCGCGAACUCGCCGAGAAUGCAACAGUGAACAGCAUCAACCCCGGCUCAACUAUGACGGAGAUGUUCGCCAACGCACCCGACGCAGCGAAGGAGGCUAUUGCCCUCUUCUACCCCCUGACCCCAUUGUCACCCGUUCGUGAAUGGGAUGCCGAUGAGAUGAAGGAGUUAGGCAAGAAGUACGGCGGCCGCGUUGCGUAUCCAGAGGAGAUUGCCGGUAUUGUGGGGAUGAUCUGCAGCCCAGAGUCCAGCUGGAUGACGGGUUCUCUCGUGAGUGCAAACGGAGGCCAAUGGUUCAGUGGCUGA